UGUAGGAACAUUCCAGGAUCAACAAUUGAUGUAAUUUUUUUUCCGGUGUGUCUGUUGGUGUGUUUAGUGUUUGCUGAUGAUGAACAUAUUGUUUCGGGAGGAUUCAGGUAAACUUAUCAUAUGAUGCAGGAAUUAUGGUAAACUGUACAACCGUCGCAAGCGUAUCACGAAUAGCUUAUUCAAUAAAAUAUAAUACAGUUUUCCAUUCCAAAUUUUCGGCCACUCACUUCUGCAGCGUCAAGAUGGAAAAAACAAACCAGAUGAAUAAUGCAGGCAGCUGUCUCAACACAACCAAAUAAUAUUUUGUGCGUCUGAACGUUUACAAAUGUAUCCUUUGGAGUCUACCCUUCCACUAACAACACCCAAAUUCCCGUGACACCUAGGCCUGAGAGAUCGUAGAGCUGUCUGCAUCUUUCAUAGGUGUCCAAAACUAACCAUCCUUUUCCAUCUCUCAGCAGUCGCAAGGACGUGGCCAGGACAGUUCUCGACCAUUGGAGGAUUGCGUCAGUCUUGUCUAAGAGUCAGAGAUUAGUCCCAAAUCUUUGUGCUUUGGUUCGGACGGGAAGGAGACAACCCUCAUAACAGCGGCCUAGGACUGUAUCACCUACGAAAUUGUGCGACUCGCUCUAUGCUAAUACUAAUGCUUAUGGACGAAAGCCUACGAGUGGGGAGGGGGGGGGGGGGGGUCCAAGAUUGCCAAAAUUUGGGCUACAUGGUUUAUCAACAGCCCCUAACUUUACGCUCUUAUUUGAGAUUAAAUGAUUGGAAAGGUAACGAAAACAACUCUUCACAACUUACGUCACGGUUUGAGGAGGAGGGGGAUUCAUCCAAAUGUGACGACUCAUACACAAAUUCCUGAGGGUACGAGACCUAAUAGCGUGACAUAAUGCAAAUGAAACAAUUUGCGGGUCGUAUUUUAUAGACAUCACAUCACUUCUUCUUUUUAUUUCAGGUUAAUCAUUCCUACCGGAACUUCACCGACCAAGUGUUCGUAGAGCACUUCCGCAGUUAAUAAUUGAAAGGGUUUCUUUUCCUGUCAAUAAUGCAUGAAGUUGUAUAUUGUGUGGCAAUGACAAUUCACAAUGCUAAAUUACGACCAGAGAGUCGAAAACAUUAUCCUGACCGUAAACGGAAUCGAAUCCGUCCUCACCAGAUAGACAAUCGAAAGUCUAUCCACUAAGCACACUGAAGACCGAAGUUUUUGCCAUCCUACAAAAGUUUGAUAACCGCUGUUGAUAGGCACUAUCGCAAGAAUUCACAUGAACGUUGUACGGCCGUGCGGAGCUGAGCCAAAUAGGUAUAAUCGUUUCGAAAAUCACUUUACGGUUGACCAUGGGAGCAUCAACAGUUGUGGUAUUAACGCUGGCGCUAAGUUUGUUCAUCGUACGGUCGGCAGGAGGAAGUAAGGUUUUCCAUUAUUUCACCGCGUCUUGGUUGAUAGUUACAAGGUGUAAAACAUUCUCGUUACAGCGGGGACCUGCGGAGAAAGAAAGUUGGAAGCUGCUGCACUGAUUACUCAUGGAUACACCGCACGGAUUGGUGCGUGGCCAUGGCACGGUGCAAUGUACCAUAAAUACAGGCUAGGCAGGACCGACUAUGCUUGUGGAGUGACGAUUUUGACGGAGCGAUUUGUACUAACGGCAGCUCAUUGUACGUAUGAAAGAUGGAAAAAGCUUCCGGCGGAUCGGGUAUUUGUCAAGGUAGGACUCAGCAAUCUGGACUCACCGGAGGACCAUAUGCGACAAUUUGACGUCGACAAGAUUAAAAGACACAAGCAAUACAAUAUGGACACAUUUGAAAAUGACAUCGCGUUGCUAAAGCUGUCUUGGGAAAUCACCUAUACUAACUACAUACAGCCCGCAUGUUUAUGGCAGGGUGAUAGUGAGUUGAGCAAAAUAAUCUCAAAAAUAGGAUUCGUAGUUGGAUGGGGACUUGAUGAAGGCUAUAGUUUGCCUAAAGACUUGUCCGAAACAACGAUGCCAAUAGUGUCAAGGAAAAAUUGCAUGGAGAGUGAUAAACGGCAUUACAACAAGUAUUACUUCAAGUCAAAAACAUUUUGUGCAGGAUGCUACAACGGCUCUCAUACCAGUCAUGGAGAUAGUGGAGGCGGAUUAUAUAUGCGGAUGGGUUCGAGCUGGGUUCUACGUGGAAUUGUUAGUAACGCUAAAAUAAAUGCAAGCACAUUAAAAAUACAGGCAGACAGUUACACUAUAUUCACAGACGUUGCUUACUAUUUAAAUUGGAUCAAAACAAAAGCGCCUGACAUACCUUAUUUGGCUGUAGAUACAAAACUAAUCACUGAAACUGAUUUUGACUAUGGGAAUUGCAGUAAGGUAACGUAUCCGUCAGGAACACAGCAGGAAAGAGAAGAACUUGUGAACCUGGCGUACAUCUUGAAUGGCUCCCAGUCAGCAGAAACUGCGGAAAGCUGCGGAGAAAAGAAGACGGUUGUGCAACAGCUGAUUGCCAAUGGAUACAAAACGUUCGCCGGUUCGUGGCCUUGGCAUGGCGCCAUGUUUCAUCGAAACAAAGAUGGUGCGGUUCUGUAUGCUUGUGGAGUGACGAUUAUGACUGAACAGUUUGUGAUAACGGCAGCUCAUUGUACGUUUGAUGCGAGUGGAGAAAACAAACUCCUGGCGGACCACGUGCUUAUUAAAGUGGGCAUAACCAAUCUAGACUCACCAGAGAGACAUGUACAACAGCACGAUGUUGACGUCAUUAUACGUCACGAAGAUUAUAAUAAUAUCACUUUCGAAAAUGACAUCGCGAUACUGAAGCUGUACAGUGAAAUCACCUACAAUAGUUACAUACAACCCAUCUGCCUAUGGCAAGGUGAUACUCAGUCAAGCAAAUUAAUCUCACAAAUAGGAUACAUAGUUGGAUGGGGUAUGAACGAGGACUACAGAAUGCCACAACAUUUGAACGAGGCAACGGUUCAAAUUGUAUCCCGCAGGGAGUGCAUUGAGAGUGAUAGGAGUCAUUUCAGCAAGUUUUCCUUCGAGUCCAAAACGUUCUGUGCUGGUCAUCGCAAUGGAACUCAGAUCACCCAAGGAGACAGUGGAGGUGGACUUUUCAUACGUGUGGGUUUGAACUGGGUUUUACGUGGAAUUGUCAGUAACGCUCUACUGGAUGAUGAACUUUUACACGUGUCAGAAGAUAGCUACGUUGUUUUUACUGAUGUUGCAUUCUACAUGAGCUGGAUCAUAUCAAAAGCAACAAUCAUGACCAGAUCCACCAUUGACAUAGGACCAAUCGCAGUACAUCCAGGAUCAACUUCACUAGCUAGUUCUGGCAGUCAAGCCAACCUGCUAGAAAUAGCAAACUGUGGCAAGGAUACCUAUCCGUCAGAAACACCGGAAGAAGUGAAAGGAUAUCUAAAUCAGUACCCAUGGUUGGCCAUCAUAGAAUACAUCAACAUGAAAACCCUUGUCCUGGAAGAUGUUUGUCACGCAGUUCUGAUUCAUCCCAGUUUCCUCGUUACUGACGCCCAUUGCGUUCUGAAAAAACAACUUUCCGUUAUCCGUUCGGUGAGACUCAACGAUUACGAUUUGAAUACCGUGACGGACUUUUUCCAAAUCUAUGGCGAAACCGUUCAAACCACAGCGACGAGAAUCCCCGUUAGUAGCGUAUUUAUACAUCCAGACUACGAUACUCUCAAGUUUGAGAGCCCCAGUAUUGCGGUAAUCAAGCUAUAUAAACCAACAACUACAACGCCGAUUUGCCUUGCCCCGAGAGAUGCAACCGACCUUCCCAAAGACAAAAAGUUCACCAUCAUCGGUUGGAAACGUUAUAACCGCUCGAAGAAACCGAUCACCCGAAAUAAGGUCCAGUUGGUCAGCUUUGCAGAAUGUCGGAGGAAAUAUGCCGGAGAAAAGAUAGUGUUGGACUCAACCGGAGGAUAUGUUUGCGGCACCUUUUCGCGCGAUGACGAUAGCUCAAGUUGUUCGCGCUACCUGACAUCGGCACCGUUCCAGUACGUGAAGAACGGACCGUUCGAGGGACGGUACUUCCUGGCGGCGAUAUCAUCGUUCGGUCACAAAAAUUGCAGUUUCGCUGAAUUCCCGGAUGUAUUCACCAAUGUGGCGCACUAUUCGGACUGGAUAUACGAGAAGGUUAAGCAGAAUGAGUGAUAUCAAUGAAACCACGUUGCAUGUCGUAGCAUACUGUUGAAACUAAUAAAAAUUACAACCAUACUACGUCAUUUAUUCAGAUCUUGCCCACCUUUUCUACUGUACUCGCAUCUUUUUGUACCGUCCGGAGCUCUCGCGAACAUAUUUUCUGCAGGGUUUUGCUAUCAAACAUUCUAGCCA